CGGCGGGAAUUGGCGGCGUCGCUUGUCUGAAUAUCAACAACGCAAAAUUAAUUGAUAAGCAAUAGACAGCAGUUGUACAAAAAUAAUAUUUUCUCUUAAAUUAAUUGUAAAUCAGUUAGAAAUGGAAUCCCGGUUGCCAAAGCCGUCGGGUAUUAAAAGACCCCAAGUGCCGGUAAAAACCGUACUGCCCACAGAUCGAAUUCGCGCAGGAGUCACUGCAGGAUUGGGAUUAGGAGGAGCUGGUGGAGCCAGCGCCUUCACUGCUAACCAGACCUACUGCGGAAACUUGCUGCCUCCGCUGUCAAGAGAUCUUAACAAUUUGCCGCAAGUCCUAGAGCGCCGAGUAGGAGCACGUGCCGCCUCUCCGGAGCCUAUGAAGAUGGCCAAUCGGGCCAAGCUAAGACGAAGCCGUAGUGCCUGUGACAUCAACGAACUGCGUGGAACCAAACGCACUGCUGCGGUGCCGACAUUGCCUAGUAUUCCCAGCAAAGUAUCCCGCGUUGGCAGCACUCUUACUGCUCCUAGUCAGCGAUUGGGGCGACCCCUGGCCACCGCUUCGUCAACAGCAACCACAACUGCGAAACGACCAGCAGUAACUCGUCCUCCGCCUCGAGCUGCGGCGCCAGCAGCCACAAAAGCCAAGCCAGCAGGGGGCGGAGGAGCUUCUAACGCAGGAGCAGCAUCUGGAGUGCCUGCCAAGCGAAUUGCACCAUACGACUUCAAGGCCCGCUUCCAUGAUCUGCUAGAAAAGCACAAGGUGCUUAAAACCAAAUAUGAAAAGCAGGUAGAGGACAUGGGCGAAUUGGAGUCCAUGCCCAUGCAGUUAGAAGAGGCCCAGAACAAACUUAUUGAGACGGAGACAUCGUUAAAGAACACGCAGACUGACAACGAGUGCCUGCAGAGACAGGUUAAGCAGCAUACUAAGAACAUAGAGACCAUAACCUCGACGCUGGGCAGGACCAAAGAGGAACUCUCCGAGCUGCAGGCAAUCCAUGAGAAAAUAAAAACGGAGCACGCUGCUUUGACCACAGAAGUCGUGCAUCUGCGCCAGCGCACUGAAGAACUUCUGCGCAGCAAUGAGCAACAAGCCGCCGAACUGGAGACUUGCAAGGAGCAGCUUUUCCAGUCAAACAUGGAACGCAAGGAGCUGCACAACACGGUGAUGGAUCUGCGCGGCAACAUCCGUGUCUUUUGUCGAAUACGACCGCCACUGGAGUCCGAGGAGAACCGCAUGUGCUGCACUUGGACUUACCACGACGAGGCCACCGUGGAGCUGCAGAGCAUUGACGGGCAGGCCCAGAAAAAGAUGGGUCAGCAAAUCUUCUCCUUCGACCAGGUUUUCCAUCCGCUUUCCUCUCAGUCGGACAUUUUUGAGAUGGUUUCCCCGCUCAUUCAAUCGGCAUUGGAUGGCUAUAACAUUUGCAUCUUUGCCUACGGACAGACCGGCAGUGGCAAGACCUACACGAUGGACGGAGUAGCGGACAGUGCCGGCGUUAUCCCUCGCACAGUUGAUCUACUCUUCGACUCCAUUCGGGGCUAUCGCAAUUUGGGCUGGGAAUAUGAGAUCAAAGCCACCUUUCUAGAAAUCUACAACGAAGUGCUGUACGAUCUGCUGAGCAAUGAGCAGAAGGACAUGGAAAUUCGAAUGGCCAAGAACAACAAGAAUGAUAUCUAUGUUUCAAAUAUCACAGAAGAAACUGUCCUGGACCCCAAUCAUCUACGCCAGCUAAUGCAUACCGCUAAAAUGAACCGAGCAACCGCCUCCACGGCUGGCAACGAGCGGUCCUCCCGCUCGCAUGCUGUUACCAAACUGGAACUCAUCGGACGUCAUGCCGAAAAGCAAGAAAUCUCGGUGGGAUCCAUAAAUCUGGUGGAUUUGGCAGGCUCUGAGUCUCCGAAGACAAGCACCCGCAUGACCGAGACCAAGAACAUCAAUCGCUCGCUCUCGGAGCUCACCAACGUUAUUCUGGCGCUGCUGCAAAAGCAGGAUCACAUCCCGUAUCGGAAUUCCAAAUUGACACACCUUUUAAUGCCCUCGCUGGGCGGCAACUCGAAGACACUUAUGUUCAUCAAUGUCUCCCCGUUCCAAGAUUGUUUCCAGGAGUCUGUCAAGUCACUGCGCUUCGCCGCCUCCGUAAACUCGUGUAAAAUGACCAAGGCCAAGCGGAAUCGCUAUCUAAACAGCUCAGUGGCCAACAGCAGCACUCUGAGCAACAGCAACAGCAACAGCUUCGAUAAAUAAAUAAUAAACCUUGUUUCCAGUUUUAACAAAUCUCAAAUUUCUUAACCUGUUAUUACUUAAUUUAUGUGUUUACUUUUAGUGCAAAUAAACUAAUAAAGUGCUGGAAUUAUUUGCUAUCUUA